AUUUAAUGUUAGUAGAGGGAAACAACCAGAGCACACAGACAGACACAAAGAUCUCAAUAUAAAGAUCUCAACUUCUCUGCUCUUUCUUUUCCUCUCUGUCUCUAUUGCGAGUUUGAGAAUACAAAAGUUCCAAAGAUUAUCUGCUAAGUUCAAAUGUCGAUUGCGAUGGAUAGAGUUGAAUCUUAUGUGUUUAAUUUCUCCGGCGAUAAUUUGGAUCAAUCUUCCUCUGAGUCUUUCUCUUCUCCUUCUUCUUCGGCGUCUUCUUCCAUUGGGAGGAAUAGCGACGACGAAGAAGAGUUUCACGGUAACGGAAAAUCGUCGGAGGACGGUGGAGAUGAUGUCGGAGAGAAUGAAGCCGAGUCUCCGUACAAAGGUCCUCUUGAUUUGAUGGAAUCUCUUGAAGAAGUCUUACCCGUUAGGAAAGGGAUAUCGAAGUAUUACAAUGGAAAGUCAAAGUCUUUCACGAAUUUAGCAGAGGAGGCAGCGUCAGCGUUGACUUCUUCUUCAUCGAUGAAAGAUUUGGCGAAGCCGGAGAAUCCUUACAGUCGUCGUCGGAGGAAUCUCCUUUGCCAUCAGAUUUGGGAGAACAAUAAAACGACUCCACGUGGCGGGAUCUCAAAGAAACACAUCAUGAACUCGAGCAGGAGCGCGUUGACGCUUGCCAUGGCGGUUGCUGCCGGCGUGAUGACCGGAGAGGGAUCUUUAUCCGGAGGAGACUCGUCGCCGGGAUCAAGUCCGACGACUUCGGGAUCUCCUCCGAGACAGAGGCAUCAUCAUCAUCAGAUGCUUCCUCCGUUGUAUCCUAGGAGUCAAGGGUCUUUUGGUAAUUUGAAGUCGUCUCAGUCGUCGUCUGGUUUUUGUGCCUGGAGAUCGUAUUCGGUGGCUGAUUUUCCGAGGUGUUUCCCGUCGACGGCGAGUGGUGUUGGGUCCAAUGACUCGUAGGAACGAUAACAUUUGUCUUUUUGUUGAAGCUAUAUUUUGAAGUUAACCCUUCUAGUUUUUGGAGUAACAUCCGGAGAAUGUAUAGACGAAUUUCGAACUUUUUAAUGGAUUCACAUCUUUUCAUUU